AUGGUAAUUGUGCCUCACCGCCAGUCUUCACAACAUACUGGCAUCAGUGCUGCUGUCAUAUGUGACAUUGAGUGCGAACAUAUUGGAGAAAGUAUUUUUGAGAUCAUUGUCGCUGCAGGAAUUGAUUUGACUAUGAAGCAUUUUUCCAACCUCCCGGAGGAACCGGAGGCCAAGAGGGGAAUCGAGGGAUUAUGUCGAUCUGGCAUAUUGUGCAGGCAGAAUUGUGAAAGGAUUCCAUUUCGAUCGGAAGUACUAUUCCAUAAGUAUCCAUGGUGGAAUGGACAAAUGAAACAACAUACUUUUGGAUUGUUUCUAUGGGCCGUUCAUACUGUUUCACCCAUUUGCGGAUUGCUUGAAUUGCUCGAGGAAGCGUUCGACCAGUUGAUUACAAAUAUGUUAAAAGCGAUUGCUUUCAUUAUAAUUGUGAUUAUAUUACCUAUUGUCUUGCUUCGUUUUCUGCGUGCAGACCUUCAACAGACGACAGCUAACACGAAAAAACAGCAGCCAAAAACAAAAAAGAGUAAAAAAAGUAAUGCCGGCGACAAACCAAAGAAGAAGAAAUCGAAAAAUGCCAAUAAGCAAGAACAGCAACCGCAACAACGGCAGCAACAAGGGGACGGAGGUAGCGAAACAGAAAAUACAAGUGUAGGUGGGAAGGUGGCGGAAGUAGAUAUUGGUGGUAGCAGUAGUGGGGAUAAUACUGAAAAGAAAAUAAAGAAAGACACUGGUAGCGAUACUAACAACGUUAAAAGCGACUACAGCGAGGGUAGUGAAAAGUCGUAUGUUCAUACACGCGAAGACGAAACAGAGGAGGAAGUAUUGGAGAAUGAACUGGAGGAUGACAGCGAGUUUAUGGAGGUCUCUAUACAUCGGCGUAAAGGAUCACCGAAGGCGGCAAAAGUGCGCAAUUUUAAUCUAACGAGUUCAGGUUCGCAAAAAUCUUCAUCACCAAGAUCUGCCGAUGAACCACUCUCAAAAACGCAAAAGAAAAAUAUGGCACGUGCCGCCAAACUUAAAGAGGAAGCUAAGCUUAAAGCAGAGAUACAGGAGGUACGAUUAUCACAGCAUAAAAAAGAACUGGAGCAGGAGCGACUAAAAGAGCUUCUUAAACAGAAUCCAUCUAAUAAACAGACAAGUACCGCAUCAAGCUCUUGGAAUAGUAAUAAUAGUAAGACUGGAUCAAAAGCUAGUCUAGAUGAAGAAGGACAUUUGGUGUGGGAUUAA